CGCCGGAGCCGCCCCGUCCCGCCCCUCAGCGGCCGGCGGGGCCGGCGCGCCGGAAAACCCGGGCCGGAUUCCCGCUCGCUUUUGUUCCCGCAGAUUUGCGCCGAGCAUUGUUUGAGGCGAAAGCCGGGCGUCCCGCCUUCCCGGUCGACUCCGGGGCGUCACCGUCGGGAGCCGGCGAGGGUCCCCGCGCAGCUGCUGGAGCGGGGCCCCGGCGCCCCGUCCGCGAGGCUGUGUGACCUUGGCCGAGUCGCUUGGCCUCUCUGAGCCCCUGGCGCCUCCGCGGAAGCUCAGGGUCGUCCUUCCCGCCCCGGGGGCUCGCGAGAAGGUCGUGAGCGGAGAGAGGGCCGGCGCCCGCCCGUGCGAGCCGCGCCCCCGGGGAGCCAUUGUUAGCCUCAGGUCCUCGAGCGGGGGGAGUCGGGGCGGCGCAGGUGCGCCCGCGGCCGGUGCGGGGCUUCGGGCUGCGGGCUGCUCCCGGGCCCCUCCCGCGGCGGCCGUGCGUGCGGAGACCGCUGCCCCGUGCAGCCCCCGCAACCCCCCCCCCUCAGGUCCCGCGUGCGGGUGUCGGUGACCCGCGCGCGGGCUCACUGGUUCACAGCCGUGUGAGCCGGGGGCGAGGGGCGCGCCCUGCCCUGCCCUCCCCGCCCUGCGGAGCUCACACCCGGGUUCUCGGCAGCGCGCGGGACGAAGGACCAGAUCCGUGCGCGGAUUUCUUCGGGACAUGGUCCAGGACGCUGGGCACUUCCGGACAGGACCUUCUCCAGCCUUGGGACUUCAAGGUUGGACAGAUUUUGCAGAGCCACGCUAGGGAGAAGAAAAUGUGCUUCCCAAUCCCUGACCCCUCUCCACUCCUUGGGCUGAUUUCCCAGAGCCACUCUGGGGCUCUUAGCCAGUGACAGGAGGAGUAGGCAUCCGGGUGACAGCCCCAGACAUCCCAGGUCCCUCGGAGCGGAAGGAUCUCGGGGGCCCCCCAGCACUGAGGAUUCCUCCAAUCCAGCCCAGCCAGGCUGUGAAGCCCCCAGGUCAUCAAGCUGACCCAGACGCGUUCCAGUCCCAGCUCUGGCCAGCUGUGUGACCUUGGCCACUCUCUCAGGCCUCCAUCAGUAGAAGGAAGCCAGGACCCCACUCCCAGCUAGCAGUGGGUGUCAGAGGUGCUAACAGGGGCUCUGGACAGCUGGGACAACUGAGCCACACGUACCAGAAGGCCUCCUCCUGCCUUCUUGCCACUUUUGGCUGUGCUAUUUGCUAUGGAAUGCCUGUACUGGCCGGAAUGGUGAGGUCCUCAAAAGGGUCAUGUCCACCCAGAACCUCAGGAUGGGCCUUUUUUUUUGCAAAUAGUGUCUUUGCAGAUACACUAUAGGUAAGAAUCAAAUUGACAGUGUCCCUUGUAGCAGGGAAGAACAAGUAGAGACUCGGGACGGGGGACGCCACUGAAGACAGAGGCAGAGGGAGGAAGGACCCUCCCCUCGAGCCCGUGGAGGGAGCACAGGCCUGCGGCCUCUUGCCUUUGGAUGUCCGACUGCGGAAGAACACUUUCGUCGUGCGAAACCCCCAGCCCGCGGUCGUUUGCUACGGCUGCCCCCGGCCGCCCCCUGGACGCUUCUGCAGCGCGAUUCCCCUCGGCUUCGCUCCGGCGCCGUGUAAUUCAGCCCCACGGAUGGUGAAUCGCGACCCUGCAGGACCAGACCCCGCUAAGGCCGUGGGCCCCUCCAAGAGGAAUGAGGCCCAGCUCCUCCGCUUUAAGGCCCAGACGGCCUGCACUCCCAUCCCCGGCGCAGAUAGCCCGCGCGCUGCAGGAGCUUUCUCUUGGCCUCCUGUCCUCUUCCCAGGAAGCAGCCGGGAGCCUCCCGGAGGCAAGAGCAGACACUGACCUGCCUGCCCCUCCCAACAUUGUCCCUCCGCGCUGGCCAUGAGGCCGUGGGUCUCUUAGCCCUCUGCUGCCCUCCUUCCCACCUUGGGCUCCUUCCCGAAAACAGCCUCCAGCUCCGAGCUGUUGGUAGCUGGUCUCUCUCCUCUCUGCAGAAGGUGAUCCCUGGCUUCAAGUGGGAUUUGAACAUUUUUCCGCCGCCUUCAAAGUGGGGGGACUGAGGAUCCAUGGGAGGGGGCUAGGGGGCUGGCGUGGGGUAAGUCAGACAGCAAGGCAUUCCUCCACACCAUCAGAGGCAUUCUAGGUAAAAGGGAAGCAGGCCACGAGUUGAGACCAGGAGAGAGUCCCAGUAAGACGCUGAGUGGAAGAGCAACUUCACGCCCAGGAGUGAACUUACCCUCCACGUGCCUAACUCCAGCCGGGGCUCCCAGUGCCAUGGGCCCUGCCCUCGGGAGCUCACGGUCUAGGUAUAGAGCAGAACAGUAUGUCUGUCUAUGUUUUCCAUAGAACUGGAAUGGAAUAUACGUUAAUACUAUUUUAGAGAAAGAGAGACAAGGAGAGACUGGGAGUUCACCCCAAAUGCCCCCAAAGAAACGAUUUUUGCAAUGAAGAUGUGAUGUGCCUGGAACGACUUCCUGUGGCUGGAAGGGUGAUACUGGUGACAUUGCUGCAGUGGCAGGACCAGGACUGAGGCCAGAGCUCGGCCACCGGGACUCCAGGUCCAGUGCCCGCGCCCCACCCCGCCCCUGUCACCCCACUUCUCCCUUCUCGUUCACAAGCCAACCCUAGAGCAGGAGCCUCGAGACCAUUUGUGAUAGGAAAAUGAAAACAGAGGGUUAGGGUUGAGACUUGCUUUAAGACAAGAGCUCCUGAACAGUCAGGGACCACAUGCACACCCAAGCUCGGUGCCGGGGUCCUGAGGGUUCAUUGAGGGGUGUGCGUGGCCUCCAGUUGGAGACACCUACUGAGUUUCAUUUUUCCUUUGUCCGAGACCCCGCCUUUCUGAGACAGGAGACAAAGGGGCCCGAAACCCCUUACAUGCAGGCCUUGAGAAACUCCGCCCAGUCACCCUGGUUCCGGGGCCGAGCCGUUGGUGUGUGUGGGAACCAUGCCCUGACCUGUCAGUUGCCCAGACUGUCCGACCCAGAGGAAAGCCCGAAGGUCCGCUGGUGUUUCUGAGAAGCACAAGCAGGGCUAACGUGCAGGAACUGGAUUUCUUCCCAGCACCAUCCCAGGCAAGGCUUUAUCGCCCGCUCAAGAUGCAGGACACACCCGGACUCAAGUCCAGGUGAAAAAACACUUCCAAAGGCAGAUAACAUAUUGUCUGGGUGCUCGCACCAGAAGGCAGUGCACCUGUUGUGAUUAAAACCGUGAUUGCUUGAAAAUACAUCCAUGAACUCCUCUUUCACACCAUUGUCUCCACAGUCCGUGUUUUUAGGACCCAGAGCAAUCUUGCUAAAGUCCUUUAACGUAACAAAUUCCAUCUUCGGGUAACGUCCCAGAAAAUUGCAUUCUGCCCCGCACCCCCAGAAGAACCAAGCAGCAAAAGGCUUUUGCUCGAGGUGCCCCUGCUUGGGGGCCAGGAGCUCCUACCAUUGUUGACUCAGAGAUGGUGGGCGUGAGCCACUCGGCUCGUAGCAGGUGCUCAGUAAGCACUGGCAGGUGGUGUUCGGGUCCUCAGGUGGAAUACUUCUCUACCUCACGCCACCCCCAUGCCGUGAAGCUGCCUGCCCCCGGGCUGCUCCCCCAAGAGCAGUUUCCACGUCACAAAGAUUUGGGGAUUCAUGUGUCCAAGAAAACCCUCAAGGCGGGAGGAGGAGAGAUGAGGCCCUGCAAUCAGCGGCGUCUGGUGGACAGUGGGUGCGAGGAAGGAGAAGGGGCCGUCUGAAACCCCCGACUGAGGCAAGGCUGACCCGUGGCCACGGGAGCAGGGGGUGGGGGGUGGGGUCUGGAUCUUGGAAGAAGACGUCUUUGUGCCUCUGAAGGGGGCAGGUGUGGUCCUUUAUAGUCCCUCCAAGAGACAGCAGGCUGACACAGUCUCUGUUAGGGGUCGUGGUCCCCCAAAAAAGAUGUUUUAGAGUCCUUAUCCCUGGUUCCUAUGAAUGUGACUUUAUCUGGAAGUAGUGUCCUUUGCAGGUGUGAUUGGGCUGAGAUGAGGUCACGAGGGUGAGUCCUAAUCCACAGACUGGUGCCCUUCCAGAAGAGGAGACAAGGUCAAGGUCAUGUGAAGACAGAGGCGGGAGCCCCGAGAGCUGGAAGGACCUCCCGUAGAGCCUCCAGAGGGAGACAGACCCUGCACCACCUUGACUCUGGGCUCGUGCUCCGGAGCUGAGAGAGAACAGCUUUCUGCUGUUUCAAGCAGCCCCCACCGCACAAUUCUCCUGUGUGUGCUUAGCCAAUCCCAUGGGCUUGCCCACGGAAGCCUUUCCCAAGCCCAUCUUCCCUCUGACGGAUCAGACGGGUUAAGGCAGGGAGCCUCUGCGGAGGUCAGAGGGAGCGGAUUCUCGUCUUGGCUCUCACCCCCAGCUUGCAGUGCGCCUCCUCUCCUGUGUUCCUCCUCCCUUUGCAAAAUGGAGGUAGAAGUAUCUGCUUCGAAAGGCGGCUGGGGAAUGAGAUGAGAUGUUGCUCAGCAGGGCGUCAAGAAAUGGGGGCUGGUGGCCCCUCUAGGAGCAUCUUCCUCCUGUGUCCUGAUGAAGAUCCUUAUCCUCACCUGGCGGAGGAGGCCGUCAGGCCUUGAGGAAAGAGAGCAGAUGCUGACAGAGUGGGACCUGAACAAAGGCUUCCUGGUCCCCAGUCCUGCUCCUCCUGUCCCCUCCAGGAUGGCACAGCUGGAGGCCGAUAAUAAGGAAGGUCCUCAUGGAGUGUCCCUUCCACUCGGCUCGGGUGACCUGGUGUCAUGGAGCUCGCAGCCCUUGUGGGGACCUGCCAGAGGCUGGGUACUUUGUAUGGUUUCUCCUGGUUCUGCUUUCGCAGGGGAGGAGGCUGUGUUCCCUCUGCACACAGCCAGCAGCAUGGACCCCCGUCCUGGCCACUGUGUGGCCCUCAUCAUGUCAGAGGUUUCCAGACCGAGUGGAAGCCUCACCCUCACUUGUGGACCACUGCAGUCUGGAUCCACACGUGUGUCUGCGUGCUUGCGUGUGUCAUGUGUGUUUGACAUCCGUUUCCGGUCUUGUUUGAAGAGUUGUUUCUAUAGCUGGUGUUUCUUUAAACCACUGGUCCACAUGUCAUGUGUGUGGUUCUCCUCACAUGUGGGCUCCUUGGCGCUGAGACUUUCUCUCUUCUGUGCAGGGACAGCAUGCCACACGGACAUCUGUGUGGAACCAUCAGAGCCGAGCCUGGUUACGAAAUGCGUGAAGGCCGUGCCAGCGCAUCCCAAGGGAAAGUGUCUCCAAAGGAGUCUGAGGCCCGAGGGGCAUUUCAGAGAGCUGGAAGAGCAUCGUUCUGAGCUCAGGCUGCAUUCUGGCUGUGGCGGUGUCCUUGACCCCUCGGGGCCUCAGCUUCCAUCUCCUGGACAAUGGGACCAUCCUGCCCCCCUCGGAUUGUUGCCAUGGAUGCACAUCCUGGCGCCUCGAGGAGCUCCGCGAUGCCCAGGACCAGCGACACUGGGAUUUGCUGACUCCAUCCUUCUCUGUAGGGCGGCACUGGCUGCCCUGGGUUCCCGGCACCAGUUUCCCCAGCAGCCUUUUUGUUUGUUUGGAACGGUUUCUUGGGGUCUCCUAGAGAAAGGAUUCUCAGCUGAGUUCCAGCAAAUGAGCACGGUCCCACCCCCCUGCUUGGAGGGCUCCCAGCUGCUCCCUUGGCUGCCCAGCUGAGAAGAAGUGAUGUCAGGAAUGUUUAUCUCUUGGGGAAGCUGGAGACUCCUUUCAGCCAGACAAGAAGACACCAUGAAAAGGGGUGCAGGGGGGCUUGCCAAAGCAUCCUUGCAUGGGGCUGUGGGAACAUCCAUUUCCUUCAUCCGCCUGCAAGAGGGCCUGGCGGCCUGGGCUGCUGGGGUGGGUCUGGUCUUCUCAGCCUGAUGGUGUUCAUUUAUCCCAUAGAACACGUAGUGGCUCAGGACCAAAGGGGCUGGGGAGGGGGGCUCUAGCCUAGCUCCCAGCCUUUCGGUAGCCGCAUGAGGGGUCCUGUCUGGGCUCUACAUCAAGACCUUCCCUUCCUGGCCGGUGGGGAGGUGGCACUGUUCCUUAGAUGCCCUGUGCAUGAAGAAUGCAGGGACCGCAGCUAAGUUCCUGUCUGCACAGAACAGUUAGGAGCCUCUGCUCUGGACUCACGCUACCCAAGCUUGAAACUGGGCUCCAGCCUGUGGGACAAUUGCUCAGUCUGCUGAGUCUCAGUUUUCCAAUCUGCAGAAUGGCAACAGAAAGAUUGCCCUGCCGCCCCAUGUGAUCCAUGAGCCCCGAAUGGGUCCCCCAUUGUAGGGCAUUCAGCAGAGGUAAGUGCGGACCCAUGGGCGGUGGCAGGGAGCAGGAACCCCUGGGACUUUAGUCACCUGACUAUGAAAUCAGAAAAUCAGAAAAUGCAGAAAACAUCAAGGAAGAGAACCCACAGCACUGACAGCCCUGGUGCCUGGAGACGCACGCCGUUAGCUUGUGUUCCGUGUCCCUCGGGCCUGUUUGUAGGCUUGUGUGGUUCACAGACUGGGAUCACUGCUGAAUGAGCACAGCGUACGUCUGUAUGUGCAUGCUAGUUUUUCUGAGGACUGGGCGUGAUGUCGCUUAACCCACUUCUUUUAAACUUAAAAAUGUAUCGAGAACAUUUUCUCCAAAUCAUUCCGUUUCACCAGAUUGC